GAUAACCAACCUCUUUAGUGGAAGCACGCGAUUCAAACAGAUAAAAAUAUUCGAACGCGACAUUUGAAUUUCUUGAACGCCAUAGACCUUAAUUUAUGAGUUAUAAUCUCUUGCCGUGAACUGAUGUUUUGACGUGAAUGUGACAUUUUAAAAAUUUUUUUGACGUGUAAUUUUAUUGCGGGGGAAGGUGUGAAUGUGAAAACUCGAGAAGGCUUGGAAGGACGGGUUAAUCGGACUCUCCCUUCGCAUUUCCGCAACAGUUCAAUAAUGACUGUGAAGAAGGGCAGUCGCUCUGGAGGGCAGGCGGCGAUAGUCGCGCGACAGAAGCUCCACAACACCAACCAGCACAUAGACAUAGCGGCCAUUAACAAAACAUCGUACACCUUCAACGUCACCGUUGGCUUCAACGAGAAGGACCAGCUACAGCUGAUGAAGAAAGACGAGGGCGACGAUGAUAAGAAGGUCAAAGACUACGACAAAGUGAAACAGGAAAACAUCUCGGUGGACGACAUCACGAACUGCGUCAACAUAGAAAGUUACAACAACUGUGAGAACACUCUGGUCUUCUACAUCACGAGGAACCACAGCAGAGAGGCCGUCGCGCUGAGGUUCGAGAACGAACAGGACUUCAAGCGGAUAUACUUCACUUACAAGUACUUCAAAAUGCGAAAUAGACUCACGAAGAACGCGGCCAACCACUACAGCACGGACAGUCUGUUCGUUAAAAAGAAAAACGACAGUUACAAUAGCAAAAUAAACAAUGUGGACGAUUAUAGUUUCGUGAGUAAAACAAAAUCGGAUUUCGAUUUGCAGACUGUGGACGACGAAGGUGUGACACACAUAUCCGUCCAGCAGAAAGGCACGGCGUCACGCUACGACCAGCCCUUGAGUUUGAUCGGCUUGAGGAAUGACCUGAGAGACGGCGAAGUAGACGGGGUCAUUUACACCGAUCUAGAAAUACAAAACAAACCGGAGAAGAAACGUCUCUUCCAUAAAAAGACGAAGGCGCCCCCGCCCCCGCCGCCACUGAACAAAGACACGCCAAAAGUAUUGAAAGGUGAAUUUGUGAGGGUCAACGUUGAGAGGUCGCCGGACGUGGCCCCCAAAAACAAAAAGCACAAUAAGAUCCCGGACAUCCUCGUGUUUCGGGAUAACAAAACGAAAAAAACGAGCCCCAACAGCAACCUGUGGACCGUCAGUAACAAAGUCAACAACGGCUAUGAAUCCGACAGAGAGGAGUGGAGAGGCAGUCGCUCGCAGUUUUCGACGACAGCCUUCGACAGUCUCGCGCGACCUACCAAGAUGGCGAUGGCGCUCACACUGAAGAAGCCCCAAAGAAUAGAUCCAGUGCCUCAAUACUUUCGUCUCACCAGCGAUCAGCCCAAACUUACACCAACGCCCUUCAGACCGAACAAUUUCCUCCAGCGGCCGAGACUGCCGCGACUCAGUCCAGAGAUAAAGAGAAGCCUCAGCACUGAUCAUAGGAAAUUCACGUCUCUACAGAGUCUAGAAAUACCGAAGAAAUUGAGCGAGCCCAAGAAACAGGACAAAAAGAAUUACAGCAUUAUAUCGAACAGAAUAACCGGAUUGACGAACAAGUUACGUGAUCUCGGCAGCGGUAACACCAUAGGGCGUUUCAGAAGCCAGGAUGUGACUCUGAAGCCAGUCCUGAAGAACGACAAGCGGCCGAUAGUGAGGACGUGUAGUGCGGAACCUCCCAAAAAAGUCACCUUCAGCGCCUUCGCCACCGUCCAAGUAGUUUGAUGCAUCAACAUAAAAACUUACCGCCUUUUCUUUUUAUAUUUUAUAACGUCUAGUUUAGUUCUUUCAAUACUUGGAAAUCUCUUGAUGAAUCUCACUCAAAGCUUUCACACACCUACGCUAUAUAAUAUGGGAAUUCCUUAACGAUAUUAUACAUUACUCAGCUUCUCAAAGAGUUUGCGUUGAAUAUCAGCUGUGUCAAGGGCCGGGAAUGUGAGCUAAAUAGUGUUUCAGUCGUAACUACUAACCGCCUGACGUCGUGGGUAACAGAAUUUAUAUACGAGUACCGUUUCGGUCGUUUCUAUUGUAAUCUAAGGCGUUUUAAUGGAUUUUGUUUUUUAAUUAAAAUAAUCUUAAGACCAUAAUAAUCAGAUUCUGACCUGACAUGCGAACGAUUCACAUUGACUGGCAUUAUAACGAGGAGUUGUGUGUGAGAGCGGUCAGUGUGGGAUGCCCUCGGCUUUGUAAAUUAUAUGGAAGUGAAUAUGAUUUCAAAGGCCCAAAGUGCACUGAUGAUGAAGGAGUCCAAAGAUUGAUGAAAUGCCACCAAUCUUAUAAAGAUUGAUUGUCGGUCAGUUUCGUGUGUACAUAAUGAUGAGAAUAUAAUAUAUUAUUUUAUUUAAUAGAAUAUAAGUUUGAUGUGUAAAUAAAUAAAUAUAAUUAUCGAAAACUUUGACAAGUAUUAUUGGGUCAUAUAAAAAUAUACGAGAGAUAUGGGUUGCUAUACUACUGAGAUUUUUCUGCGUGUCAUUCUUAAACAAUACAUGUAUGUGGUUCCACUAGAUUGUGAGAAAGGAACCGGUAAGUGCGCAUGCGACGCAUAUGCAUCAUGCAUGACCGACUCUAUACAAGGGUUCAUCUCAUAUCUGGCGAACUGAAAUCAAAAGAUGUACUUCCAAAGCUACUUCAGCUUUGCUUCUUCAUUGUAUAUCUUCGUAUAGUAUUAACGUCAUUAAACGAAAAACGUUUCGUAUGUAGUGUUACGACGCAGACUCGUACUAAGCGUGAUGAUUCCCAUUUACGCAAACUGCACGGUUUCCACCAACAUGAAAUGUGCGAACACUAUGCAUUAUACCGUAAUACAUUAUAUAAUUGCCUUUUAAUCUUAGUAUAUAAAGACGCCAUUAAGUAUUUUAUUAUUAAAUGUAUAGGUAAUUUUACUUUUCUUAAGAUAACCCCAUCUCGAGAUAUAAUAUCGUGUGUGGUUGUCGCGUUUUCUAUUUAUGAAUGUUUAAUGUUAAUUCCCUGUAACGUGUUAUAAAUCUCGUCUCCAUAAUCGUAGUAAUUAUUGUUACAUUGUUAUGUGUUUUUAAUAAUAAUAAAUGUUUAUCUUGA